AUGCAAUCCCACGGUGAUAAUCCCGACUUUGUGCUGUUCCCUACCCAUUUCACCGGUGACAACAAGAUGCUGGCCCUGGAUUCGUCCAGACAGCAGCAGACCACAUACUUCCAGCCCUUCCCAAUGGAUCCUACCUUUAUUGAUCCUCGCGCGUUCCAUGUGGAUGAUCUGAGUGGGUUCGCGCAGACCCACGAUCCAACCAGUGCACCUCAGCCCUCAAACUAUGGUACGACGCCAAUCUAUUCCGAUUCCUACUUGGACGCCAAUAAAGCUGGCGGUUUCCCUCCCAUGCCCGCCACACCCCCGUCUCUUCCUUAUUCUUCCGAUCAUUUCAUCCCAGGCCUCUCUACUGCAUCGGGUCCCUCAAUUGCAAGCGCCUCGUCCUCGGCCAUAGGAUCACCUAACGCCGGGUCUGCGCAUGUCCUUCUGGAAGACUGGAUCCAGACACCCAACGGUCUGAGACAUACUGCAGCCAUGAGUGACUAUUACUCCAAUGAGUGCUUUGGGAACGCGCUGGAAUCGGACAACCUCUACCAGCAGAAAUGUUCUGAAAGCUUUGUUGCUCAUCUUACAGACCCUUCUGUGAUCCAGCCGAUGCUACAACUGCCUCACCUUUCUCCGCCUGACAUCGCAUUCCCGGAUCAGUCGGACUUUAUUCUCGCGCAAGGCGGAUUUAUGCCUCAAUCCCCUGACCCUUCCCACCUCCACCCUGCAGAAAGCUACGCUGGAAACCAAUCGUUCGCACAGCACGUCGGUGUUGUACCGACACCAUCCCCUCCCAUGAUGCCUGCUAUCCCCCAGCCACGUGCAGCUUCGGUCUUCGACCGGAGGUCGUCUGUCUCGUCGGUCCAGUCCCAGCGGUCCAACCCAAGCCCGGCUGCCAGUAACGCAGAGUCCGACGAUGACACCAAAGAGAAGGGCCGAUGCCCAUUUCCAGAAUGCAGACGGGUCUUCAAGGAUCUCAAGGCUCACAUGCUCACGCACCAGUCGGAAAGACCCGAGAAAUGCCCCAUCGUCACUUGCGAAUACCAUGUCAAGGGCUUUGCCCGCAAGUACGACAAGAACCGGCAUACCCUCACACAUUACAAAGGAACCAUGGUCUGUGGCUUCUGUCCAGGCUCUGGGUCACCUGCCGAAAAGAGCUUCAACAGGGCAGAUGUCUUCAAGCGCCACUUGACAUCCGUGCACGGCGUCGAGCAAACGCCACCCAACUGCCGGAAGAGAAGCCCCGGUGCCUCGGCAAGCAAGGGAGCCACAGGGUACAGCCCCGACGCGACCGGCAAGUGCUCGACUUGCUCCAUGACUUUCAGCAAUGCUCAGGAUUUCUACGAGCAUCUGGAUGACUGCGUGCUUCGGGUUGUGCAACAGGAGGAGCCGAGCGAAGCCAUUAACCAGAAAUUACUUGCGGAAGUCGAGUCGGAUGAAGAGGUGCAGAAGACGAUGGAGAAACAUAACCUAUACGACACGGCUGGCACUGUCGAUUUAUACUACGAUGAACUUGACGAUGACGAUGAUGACGCUUAUGAAUUUUCGAACCUGCGCUCGGGCAAAGGCUCGUUGAAGACCACCAAAGGGAACUCCGGCGCGGCCACCCGUCCUAUCUUGGGCGUCAACAAUGCGGUCUCCAAGCAUUCAUCCAAUGGUGCCGCUAAGAUGCGCGCAACUACAUCCAAGCGACGAAACAACCGUGAUCGGUAUCCCCAGUCCUGGGGUUGCCCCAGCAGCAGCAUUAAAAUGAAGAAGCGGGUCCUCUGUGUCUUUGAUGGCCAACGUCGCUUGUGGAAGGAUGAGAUGAUGCUCGAUAACGAGUUCGAAGUCCGUGUCAAGCUUCCUAGUGGUGCAGGAGAUGGCACGACCCGGGAAGCGUACGUGACCGACUUGGACGUCGAGACGCUGAAGCGUGCCGAGGGCGUUUUGAGCGCCAGUGAAGAAGAACGCGGCCCUUGGAUCGACACCCAUGCCACCCAGCUCAUCGGACCCCCGGCAGAUCUGCUGCCUGAUCUUUGCCCUCAACCGCAUGAUGCCGAGAUGGAGAUGAUGCUGUAG